AUGUCAAUUGAAGUUCAUGACAUGUUGUUAAUUGAUGUCAAUAAAAAAGAAUCAGACAUCAAACAAUUCAAAAUCGUUUUCAUUUGCCUACAUUUUGUCAUUAUGAAAUUAAAUUGUAAAUUUGAUGGUAUGUAUUGGAGUGAAUUUAGGAAUCAAUACAUGAGUUAUAUUUUUUCAUCUUCAAUAACGAAGCCAAACACCAUCAUUCGAACAAUUAAUGGCAAACAUUUAGAAGGAAAAAGUGACGAAGAUGUCGAAGCGAUUUGGUUUAAAGAUACAACAGUCAACUACUUCCCUCAAGGAUUGAACAAAAUUUUUCCUAAUUUGAAAACUGUUAUAAUUCAUGAUUGUAGAUUGAAAUCAAUAACGCAAAGAGAUUUGGUGGGACUAGAGAAUAUUCGGAGACUACGGUGCGCUAGCAACAAAAUCAGUUCACUUCCAGACGAUCUGUUUGAAAAUAUGAACAAACUUAUUGACAUUUCAUUCUACGAAAAUGAUUUGCAAUUCAUGUCUUCAGAAGUUCUCAAACCAAUAUUGAAAAAUGGUUUAAAAUUCGUAGACUUUCGUGAAAAUCGUUCCAUUGGUGUUGCUUAUUGUGAGUCAUCCUAUAAGUAUACAUAUAUAGCGAAUAAAAAUAAAGUUGAUUCUGUAGCUAAGUUGAUGGCCAUGAUUGAUGAGAAAUGUGGAUUCAAGGAGUUUUGGAUUACUGGCCGUAUGUCAGACAUCACGAUUGUUACUGACACGGAGAAAUUUAAAGCACACAAAUUUGUUUUAGCUCUGCAAAGUUCAGUUUUCACUUCAAUUUUUGAAAAUGAGAUGAAGGAUCGACCAUCUGAUGAAAUUCAAAUGAAAAACAUAAAUUCGGACGCUGUUAAGAUUUUUUUGAAAUUUCUCUACACAGAUGAGGUUGAAAAAGAAGGAAAUUCAAAUCUGUUGGAACUUUUCUCUCUCGCAGCAAAGUUUAAAGUGGAGAAUUUAAUGAUAAUUGUUGAAGGGAUGAUCACAGAUGACCUAAACGAUGACAACGCGAUUGAAAUAUUUGAACUUGCAUGUCGUUUCGAUUGUGAUGGGAUGAAAACUUCAGCAUUUGAAGUCAUUCAAUCGAUGUUUGAUAAGCCAUUGAAAGACGAAUUGAUGAACCAACCAGAAGUUGUCAAAGAUCUUGUUGAAGCUAAGAGAAAUUUCGAAUCUAUUGUGAAUGAACACAGCAAACAUUAA